CACCAUCAUCAUCAUAGUCAUCAUCAUCAUCAUCAUCAUCACCACCAUCAUCAUCAUCAUCAAUAUUGUCAUCAUCAUCAUCAAUGAAAGAGAAAGUAAAUGUUAUCAUCACACACGGCAUGAGAUGGAAGACUCUUGUACUAUUCAAUCCUUUAUAUUUCAGAAAUCUUUGUUUUAAAAAACUCUUUCAACAAAAAAAGAAUUAACAUACGUUAUUUGUACAGUAACAUUAAUUACUGUUCAUAAAUUACUGGUCGGUCUAUAACAGCAAUAAUAGGCUUAAGAUCAAGGAGACUGCAUGCAUGAAAUUCCUUGGUCAAUAAUCGUUACGUAUGGGUUUGAUCUCUGACCCUGUAUUAUUUCAUUCAAAGCAAAGACACACCUUGAAUCAUCUACUAGUCGUUCAAUAGUCUCUCUUGAUCUUCUGUUCGACUAACAAUUCAAAAUGUUCGCAAUUCUUGGUAUCUUUCUCGCAGUGAUUCAGCUUUCUCGUGCUGACUUGUCCAAUGAAUACAAAAACAAUGUCAAACUAGACGAUGCAUAUAUGAUGUACUGGACAUACAACAGCAGUGAGGCGGCAGUUUAUUUUGCCGUGAAAGCUAAAGCCAUGGGCUGGGUAGGAUUUGGCUUUGCUAAUAAAAUAGACAACAUGAAAAACUAUGAUGUUACUGUUGGAUAUGUGACAGUGUCGAAGAAUUCCUACGAUUUGAGGGACUAUCACACCGAGGGCCAUGUGCCUCCUAAAAUCGAUACCACACAAAGCUUAGAGGAUCCUUCAGCCAUCGAGGCUGAUGGCUAUACCACUCUGAAGUUUAAACGAAGGCUUGAUACCAAAGACAAGAAGGAAGACAUUACCAUCAAGCCUGGAUCUAUGAUAGUGGUUUGGUCAUAUAAUAAAAACGCUGACGAUGUGACUAAAAAACACGACAAGGAAGGCCACCAGAAAGUCACCUUGAUUCCUGGUGCAGCAUCCACUGCGCAUGUCAUUAGUUGGGUGAUGCUGCUGACUACUUCUGCUCUCGCUUUCAUGACGUCAUAGACUUUUUAAAUAAUUUUUCUAAUAAGAACAAUUCUUUAUUAGGUAAAUUUAAUAGCAAUUGAUAAUUCAGAUUGUGGCACUUCCAAAAUAACAUAAAUUCCAAGCAAAAUGGCGACACCAGCCAAGACACACGUAGAAAGACGGCUUAUUUUGAUUUUGUGAGGUAUGCAGUCUUGUCAUUAGUCUUUGCUUUAAUAUUUAACGAAAUGGUUGUGGCGCUAUUUAAGACAAUUUGUAGACCUACAUGUGAAAUACUUGGAGGUUUUCAGUUUACUCAGAUUAAAUAAAAUAGAAAGAGCCCCGGUUUUUUCCUCUUAGAUUACUUCUCGUUUACAGCAAAAGCAACUUAAUUAGUACGAACGACA